AUGCCCAGAGGGUCUGCAGCUUCUUUACCAGCAAAUGUGGUGAGAAUUUUACUCUUGCAUGUUGUAUUUUGACAUCAAAUCAUCUAGCAGGUCACCAGUCGUUUUGUACCUGUGCAUGGUCAUUUCAUACCCAAUCAUUUUGUAUCCUCCUAGGUCGAGUGUGUUUUCCAUUGUUACAUAUGAUUAAAGUAAGGUGGGUUUCUUAUUUUAAAUAGCAAUGUUACCCACAUUAAAUAAGUUUUAUAUAUUUGGCAUCCAUUUUUGGCAUGCAGCCACCAAAGAGAGAAAAAAUCACUCUUACACUAGUUAAUUGUUAUUGUUAAAAUAGUCACAGGUAUAAACAACACACUGUUCUAUUAAAGACAUCACAUUUAUUUUGUGUUAUAGCCAAUAAUAUUAUUCACAACAGAAUUUUCUUUUUAUCUUACUUGCUUGACUUCACUUACUUGUUAUACACAACAAGUGACAUCUGUUCAGACACUUGCAUGUGAGGUAUUUCAAAUGAAUGUUUAUUGGGAUGGGUACAAAUCAACCAGUAGUUUGGUUACAAACCAACUCAAACUGGGUACAAAUCUACUGAAUUUUGGUGAGAAACAAUCUUAGGUACAAAACCACUUGAUGCCAAGUAGCAUGAGUAGGGUUUUUAACAUUAAAUGUCUUGUCAGUAGUUUUACAGAAUGAGUAAUUUUAGCAACAUCCCUCCUUACACUCUGGCUGUUUUUAAUCUGAGUCUGAGACAAAUCCAAAGCACUUCUUCCAUGAAGUUCAGUGAAAAACCACAGUAGUUUAUUUACUCUUUGUUUCCUCUUAUUUAUUUGCUCUUUGAAUAACUUCCUUUCUUUCCUUAAACUUGUUAGUUAUUUUCCACAUUUGCCUUCAGUUUGGUCUUGGUUUGAUCUUCUUCUGAGUUUGAUUGUGGUUUUCAUUUCUGCUUGUCUUUUGGCAGCUUUUGUGUGGUUAUUUCUUUUCCCUUUUAGAGUUCUUCUCUAAUUACAUUCUCCAUUAGUAUUUACUGGUUAUUAUUUAUCUGUUUUAUAAUUCAUGCUUCCUUGACAUUGCAUGCUUAUCAGAAUUAAAUCACUCACAUGACUGGCUUAUGGAGCCGAUUGAGUUCAUUGGUAAUCAGUUAUCAAUAGCUUUGAUAGAUCUAGCUCUUGAGACAGUGCACCUAAGGGAAGAGGAAUUUGAAAUGAAUAAAUGGAAUGCAACUUUAAAAUAUCUUUGCACACAUUUGAAUUAUUCUGUGAUGUUGAUGUACAGUGCAACACCACCAACUCAAACUUCCAAGGGAAACAAAAAACUGUAGAAGUUAAAUGUGGUUUGUGUCAUGUUAAUAAUUAAUUUAAGGAAUCUUGUUUUUACCUUUCCUGCACAAUUAACAGUCAUUUUCAUGCAUUUAGACUGUUUUAUAAGAGCUUUUUUACAAGUCUUGUUUAUUUAAGUUAUAUGUAUUUCAUUUUAUGUUCUAACAAUUUGACAUUAUAAUCAACCAACAUUUUUUCUUAAAGUUUGAGUUAUUACGGUGAAUUUGAGGAAAGGGAAAGUCAAAUUAGUUUUAGUUUACAUUGAGUUUGAGUUAAGCAAGUUUGAGUUAGCUGAUGGUAAAUGACUGGAAAACUGGAAUCAAACCCAAGGGAAAUUGCAUCUUGUUUAAGUGGGUGGGGGUUUGAGUCAACCAGGUUCAGGUAAAAAGGGUUCUUCUGACAGUGCAUCUGUUUCUUUUGUUUCUAGGCUUCUUAUUCAAGACCUUUGCCAUUCUGUGCAGUACAAACUGACUCAAGCAGUGUUUCCAUGUCAGUAGGUGAGUUGCUCCUAAAUAUGAGAAUGUGGAGACAAUGCUAACUUAUAACCAUGCUUACACCAGUGUAUUUUACAAUAUAAUACUCCAGAAUAACAUCUCAUGAAUCUAGUAUUGCAUUUCACAUCCUGACCGUGAAGAAAUACCUUAUGAUUAACCCUUUCUAUUGCACUUUUAAAAUUCUCAAAUCUGAUCGGUUCACUGCAUUACAUUCAUGCUUUCAUUAUUACUUUACGGCAUUCUUCUCCCCCUUAGCUUUAUGGCUUUUAACAGCCAGCUGUUUGAUCUGAUAAUUAUCUUAAAUCUUUGUUUAUCUCUGGUUUGAAUGUUCCUGUUGAUUUAUUAAUUGUAUUGCCUGUUGUUUUCUGACAUGAAGUGGUAUUAUUCUGCCUUUUUGCUUUUGCUUUUGUUGUAGUUGAUUAAGUCUCCUAUCUUUUGUUGCACUUUCCCUGGCAACUUCAAAAUGUUGCUUCUAUUUUCCUCUGAAUUGAACUGCGCAACAGCGUCAUACUUUUGCAAGAUGAUGUUUUUCACCAAAUUAGAAGCCAGAUGCAAAAAAUACCUUAACUAACUAAGUAAAGGUAAUUUGAAGGGAGAGAAAAUUGAUAGAAGUCUACUCUGCAGCAUAGUUAUAUUCUAUUUUUCCCCUCUUGAUUUCAGAUCUUCUUAUAGUUUGCCGUGUCCCAAUGUGGAAGUUAAAUUACUUAACAGAUGAAAUCCUCUUUUUUGCAGAAAAAAGAAAGAAGAGAAUGUCCCCUGGCUGCAGUAACCAGGAUCCUAAACAACCCAAAGUUGCAUCUGUGGACUUAGCAGGUUGAUUGUUGUACAUAUUGGCUAUGAUUGAAUCCUAAUACUAUAUAUUUUUUUAAUUAUAAUGCUGUUGAAUAGAAGAUUCAAGGUCAUCAGAAAUUUUGUGUGUGAGAUUUAAUUUUAGGAGAUGAGAAGGGCUGGCCGAGUUAUAAAAAACUAAGUUACAUGGUAAUUUGUCAAUGUGAAGUUGAUGAAGAUGAAGAAAUGCACUUAUGAUUAAACCUCAAUAUUGCACUUUUAAAAUUCUUAAAUAUGAUUGGUUUGCUAUAUUACAUCAAUGCUGUCAUUAUUACCUAACAGCACACUUCUCCCCCUCAGAACAUUUUGUGGCUUUUAACAGCUAGCUGUUGGAUCUGAUUAUGACCUUAAAUCUUUGAUUAUCUCUGGUUUGAAUGUUCCUUUUGAUUUAUUAAUUGUAUUACCUGUUGUUUUCUCACAUGAAGUGGUAUUAUUCUGCCUUUUUGCUUUUGUUCUUGUUGACUAAGCCUACUAUCGGCUUAGUCACAGGGAGCACAGGGGCUUGGGAUACAUGAUUUAAUUCAUUAUUCAAACAUUAAAGCUUUGGCGAGUAGCACAGAUCUAGAUGAUGCUACAUUGGAGCAUCUUGAAUGUGCUCCUGGCUUAAGUCAUGUGUUGGGUUAUCUUAUUAUCUAUUGCUGUCACUUAUUACAGGGGUCAGUUACUUAAAUCUAACCAGUAGGAUUUGAUUUCUAAAUUCUUUGUCAUCUUUGCUUGUGGUGGUCCUGAGAACUGAUUGGCACGAUUGAACUAGGUUGAAAAUGUUUGUUUCCUAUGAUGUGAUCUGUUUAUCUCUUGGACAAGACCCCAGUAAUAGAACUUAUUCCUUUCUUUAAUAAAACUAGGCACACCAAAUAAUGAUGAACUACAGGAAUUAGGCAAAAAAAUUGGUGUCAAGUGGGGUACGCUUGGGCGUUGCCUGGGAGUGGAGGAGCCAGAACUAGAGAAUAUAGAACAAAGACACAAGGAUUUGGAGAAGAGAGGGUACGCCAUGUUAAUGCACUGGAAACAGAAGAAUGGUUCUGAGGCAACUUAUCAAAUUUUGAAAGCUGCUUUACAACAUAAACUCGUGCAGCGCAAAGACUUAGCAGAGCAAAUUUGUGACAAUCACGGUAAUUAUUUUCAAAAACUUUAAUUAAUUAGAAAUAAUUGAAAUGAUUUAUUCCGUGACAGUGAAUUUUGUACUAAGCAGACGCUGGCCAAAGUUUGGUUUCCUUUUCCCAUGUUUACUGUAAACCAAACCUGCUUUAAGAGGACAUCGCUAUUAAGUGAGGACAUCGCUAUUAGGUGAACGCAUGCAGACACUUAAAUUAAGCCCAUCUGUGACCCAAAACCAGGCAGUUAAAAUAUUUUAUUAUCAGUGUACAAAUGAUGAGUGGGUUGGGGGGGAAAGGGGGUUAUGGUGGUAGGUUGUUUAAUUGUCCAUUAACAGAUUCUGACGUCAUACCUUAAGCCUGAGACCCAGCUGUAAACAAUUAGUCUUAAAUUGUACAUGCCAUUGAAAUGUAUCAUGGGUGAACAUUCACCGUUUUAAUGAUUGUUUUUAAUCGGGAUUUUGUUUUCUUGAAACAGACAUACCAGACGUACCCAGAAAUCAUUUUGAUGUGAAAAUCUGCCGGCGUAAACUUGCAGAGCAUUACAAAAGAACCGCUACGGUGCCAACUUCUGUGUGGUCUAAGAAAUGUGCCGUGAAUAUUCACGAGAUCUACACUCGACUGUCCUUGGUGAAAGAAGAACAAACCCCAGCUGGGUCAUCACAGGCUGGACUGAAUCACUACACUGAUCUGCUCACUGAAAACAAGAACGGAUUGCCUUCAAAUAGGAUACUCUUGCAAGGGCAGACUGGAAUUGGGAAGAGCACGUUUGUGAAGAAACUGGCUAUGGACUGGGCUGAACUUGACGAAAACAGGUUGACAGAUGAACAGAGAGCUAUCCUGAAGAAGUUCGAGCUUGCUGUUAUUAUUGAUCUCAAAAAGGUAUCUAAAUACCAAAACCUCAGAGAUAUCAUAAGCGCCUCCCAUAUUUUUGCCGAUGAGGACACAGCCACGAAGGACGGUCUGCUGAGUUACAUCACCCACAACCAAGACAAAGUUCUCCUCGUUUUUGAUGGAUACGACGAAUAUCGUUUCGGAAGCAACUCUGAAAUCUUUGAGAUAUUCAAAGGACACAAGCUGAGAAACUGUUGUGUGUUGAUAACAACUCGAAUUUCCAAAGCGGAUGAGCUGAAAGAGUUUAAGGACGUGCAUGCUGAGAUCACUGGGUUCAGUAGAGAGGACAGCCACUCCUUUAUGGUCAGAAUGCUUGGUGACGAAACACAAGCCUACGCAUUAUAUGGUCAUCUUUGCAAGCGAAACCUGUACGAUCUGGCGAGAGUUCCGCUACUUCUCCUGUUCUUUUGCACUUUGUGGAAAAAAGGAAGCGCACAGAGCUUUCCUGACUCCGAAACAACAUUGUACAUUGAAAUCGUUCAGUACGUUUUGAAUCAUAAUGCAGUGAAAUGUUCUCCUGCUAACUUUCGCAAAGUUGAAGAUUUCAAAGAGAUUCUGGCUGAAAUUGGAAAGGUGGCGUUAGAAUGUCUUAUGGAAGACGAUCAUGUAUUCGAGUAUGAUCAACUGUCCCAUGCCAUCCGGAUUUGCGAAGAAAGUCGGAUUAUAGGCUUACUUCAAGUCAGUGAGUACUCAGAGAAUCUUCGACCAGCAGGGAUGGUAUCGUUUAUUCACAAGAGCAUACAAGAGUUCUUAGCAGCGUGGUAUAUUAACUACAGAUGUGUCUCUGAAGGAAAUCUCGGUGAAAUUAAUGACCGCACCCGAACUUGGGACGACUGUAAAUCCUUAGAAAAUGUUUUUCAAUUUGUUUGCGGUUUGUCUGAUGAUGGAGCAGUGAAAGUUUCUGAACAUUUGAAAUCGGUUAGAAUUUCUGAUUCAGAACUGGAUUUGUCAAAAAUGAUACCUGAUGGGACAGACGAGCCACUGUGUGACAUUACAUGGCAGCAUCGCCGUUUCUUUACCCUGGUAAAUAGUUUAUUUGGUGAAGUUCAAUCCAAAACUGAAGCCUUAAGACAUUAUUUAAAUUGCACUGAUGGGAUCAUCUUUGUUGAGGAAGGAUCAGUUCGUGAAAUUAUACCCGAACGGAGAAUUUUAAAUGGAAUUACUCUUAAUGGUGUGGUUUGGUUUGGAAAAAACAUUUUUGGUCAAAAGGCGACGAAAAUAUACGAGUCGAUCGAGUUUCUCGAUUGUUUGGACGUUCCCCUUAGGAUGACUGAGAAUUCAGUGGUUGUCGCAGUUGGGGAAUUUUUAAGAAAGUUUGAAGCUAUCAGAUGUGCUUCGCAUUCGUGGUGUAAUUUCACGUGCAUUAUUCAUUACCAUAACGGCCAGGCGUUUUUUUACAUCACUCAUUUGUACCUGUAUUGUAAUGACCACGCUGACUUACUUGAUGUCACCAAUUUGACUUCCACUCCAUCCCUCUCCACAAGUUCGUCAUCAGAGGGAUUCUGUUUGAAAUAUCUAAGCUUUCUUAACAUUUAUACAUAUGUCAACGAGCAACCGAUGAAAUGUCUUGUUACCAUUUUUAGAGAUUGUAAGAAUUUAAAAAAUAUUGUAUUUCCGAGUGUAACUAAACGUAUUUGUGAACUUCUUCAAUAUGUACCAAACCCCCGUACGUGUCGGGUAGAGCUUGGUUAUUUACUAUUAUCUACUUUUGGCAAGCCGUCACUGACGUCAGCCGACGUAACGAAGCUCGCUGGUUUGUUACCACAGUUUAAGAAUCUCGUCUCCCUUAGCCUUAAGUUGAAUGACUGUUGUGCUGAAGCAGUAAACAAACUGGUUUCUAGUAUCACGCACAAGCCUCUUGAGCAACUGGGACUGUAUGGCAUUAUACUGACUCCAGUCACAGCCGCCGCGCUUGGUCGGUCAAUUUCUGAAAUGUCGUCCUUACGUAAGCUCUCGAUAUCUGGGCCGAGAAGAGGGUUUCUAGAAACAAACGAGAUUGAGGCAUCACCAACAGGAUUUGACAGAACAUCUCUGGUUUCACAAUUAUUUACGUUCAACACAGGAGGUUGUCGUUUCUUACCCAGUUUGCGUGAGUUAGAACUUUCGCGUUUAAAUUUGAAUGAACGGGGCUUACGUGAGCUGUUGGAUAAUUUGAAAUUCUUCUCAGAGCUGAGAUGCUUAAGCCUAUAUGGCAAUCCACUGGGUGACGAGCACACGGUUCACUCUAUGGUGAAAAAAGCACUGCCUCGGGUUCAUGUUUUUUAUUUGUAACGCCAAGUUCAUUCACCAAGUGAAGGACACAGACGUUUGCACUGACAGAAGGAAUGAUUGUCUUUAGUAUCGCGUCACUUAAGUAUCACGUCUGCCACUUACAUUGCCUGACGUCAUGGAAUGUCAAUUGUAACAACAGGCAAUGGAACUUGUCUCCAGCUAC